GCUCAAAUCCCGACUGGUUUAGACACGCAUAUCAAAACUGAUGGUUUGUUUUGGUCCACCGACAACGCUGGUGCGACGAAAAUGAUAACCAAAUAGAGAACCACAUUGUGGAAUUACAAUGGUUUUUUAGAGAAAGGGCAUCGUACUAUUGCCAACGAUCAUGAUCCAUUUUUCGGAACCAGUUAUAGUCUGAAGAGUUUGGUGUUCCUCCUUCCGUUGACUACUCAGACUGCAAUUCACGCAGGCGCGGCCAUUCAUGAUGCUACCAAAAAUUGUCGUACUAACUACGCAUGGCCAUCUGCAACUUAUUAGACUAGUUACGGAAAUGCCUAACACGGAUUUGGAUUACUCAUUAGACUACUAGUUACGGAAAUGCCUAACAAAGAUUUUCAUUUUGAUUACUCUUGAAAUCAAGGUGGCAUUGUUAUAGUUAUUGUUUUUAGGGAGCUUCUUCAUCCAGUAGGGUAAUCAGGGGUUAGCAGGUGACGAACAUUUUUCCCGUGUUGUUUUACUCAACAUGUAUGAUUAGUGUUCUAUUUCGUUUUGGGUGGAGCCGCCUCCACCAAUUUUGGGCACUAGUAUGACACAGUCGCCUUCUCUCUAUUCUUGUUUCGACUGGCAUAAGUGAUGCGUGAUUAUAUGAUUUAGCAUAGUAGAUGCAGAAAUAUUACAAGGUAUUAAGUACAGGAAAAAAUGUCCUUUUUCGACUUCAACUCGUUGGAGGGCGCUAACUUCGUCAAAUUUGACGAUGCUGCGCCACAGACUAAAAAGGAGAAUGACCGGGAAACUGCUGAGGUUGAGUACGAGGAGGUCGAAGUAUCACAGACUGCGCACCGAAAGACGACUGCGGUUUCAUCUGGUGGAGUUGUAGGCCCCCAACUACCGGCUAUUGUUCCGGGCAAUAGUAUCGGAGCAGGUCAGAUGUUUGUGUCAGAUUCUGACGGUUCUGACGAUAGCGACAUGAGUGAUGACGACGAUAGUGAUGGUGGAUCGUCCGAUGACGGUGACAUGGCGGGUCGUGCUCCUGGAGGGUCAAGGAUGGGUGGUGAGAGCAGUAUGAUCCUGGGCAGCCCUGCGGCAUCUUCUCAGAGGGAUAUGAACUCGUUGCAACCGAUAGAGACAGCUAGUUUCUUUGCGUCCUUCGAGCGCGUCUCCGCUGUGAGCAGACAGUACGCGGAAGAGCAAUGGCAGGCGCUGACAGCCAUCCGGGAGACUAGCCGUCGCUUCUCGGCGUCUGCUCUGAGCAGUUUAGUCGGCGACGUCUUACGGGCAAGCGAAAGUACGACAGACCAGGGGAAGACAGGUCAGGCCGUUGGCGGAUCGUCAUCUGGCGGUGUCUCGUUACCAUCAAGGAUAUUAAGGAUGAAUGGUGACAAUGUAGUGGAGUCAGCAAAUGAAGCGCGAGUAAUUUGGGACCUGUUAUCGGGCGCCUCUUCGCGCAAACUCCUGAGUUCUUUGCGGCAAGAUCCUACGCGGCGAAACCAGCGAGCCAUUCGUGCAGCGAUGUGCGUCUACACCGAGCACUGCGACUUAACGGAGAAGGAGCUUGCGCUUUUUCUGAGCGAAGAAGUAGCCUCUCUUCUCAUGCUGCAAGAUGAGAGAACGAACAUGAGAAACUCGGAAGCCGAUGCAACAUUGAUGCGCUCUCAGCUAGAAGGUCUGUUCCAGCCCGCUUUGCGAGCAGUACUUAGUUUUGCACCUUCACUCUGGAUCCGCUAUGCCACGGCCGUGCGAGAGCUCGUUGGAGGCGCAAGCGACAUCUACACUAGCGACACGCCCCAGGCAAAGGAGGCCUGCAAACAGGUCGAGCGCGUAUUUGAGCAUGCGCUAGGUGUCCUAGCGCUCGACCCGGAUUUGGGUGCGCAGAUUUUUUCGGCUUAUCGUACAGAGUUUGCCGCAGAGCGGGACAAGGUAGAGAAGUUGUGGAAGCGGCAGUUGCAGAUACCCAGUCCGCAUUUAGCAGCGGUACUUGCGGAGUACGGCCGCUGGUUGGAAGCGGCUGCGCUUCCGCCAGCGCAAAUAGAGGAAAGAAAAGCCGCAGCGCGAAGUCUCUCCCAGAAGGCAGAAAAUACAUGGGGAAGUCGCAAAAGAGUUUUCGAUGAACUAGUGCGCAUGGAGAACGGACUGCGUGAGGCGGAUACACGCAAUGCGUUGGGUCUGCCUGCUGCUGCUAGUAGUUCUUCUGACAUAUUAGUCAACAAAGAAGGCAGCAAAAAGACGCGGCCUCCACUAGAUGUCGCACGAGAAUUGCUUGCCAUUGAGCGCAAAACCAAAGACGUGCAACGUCUUGAAUGGGCCUACUUGCGCUGUUGUGAGAGUGUCGCAGCUAGCGGACAUCGAGGCCCAGCCUGUACACUUUUUGCUGAAUACGCGGAUUUCGUGCAAAAGAAGAUGGGUGACCGAAAGCGUGCUGCUGCGAUACUCGAGCGGGCGAUUAAAGUUAGAGGAACUUCUGGAUUGCGGUACUGUCCCCUAACGGGAGUACGACUAUCAUCGGAAAGUUCAUCUGCAAAAGAGUACGAGGCCUUGUGGGAUCGGUGGACACCACUGCUGGAGCAAAUCAGCACGGACGGAGGCACGGCAUGCGAGCACGACUCGACGCCCUUGCGUUCGAUCUAUGAACGCUGUCUGCGAGAUUCUGUGGAGAGAAUAUCUCUACUUAAUGACGCACCACAGCUUUCUAGCGAGGACGAUGAAGAGGCUGCAUCAGAAAAAAAGCUCUUAGCAGUCAAGCAUCAGCUUGCGCGCUUUGUGUCAGCUUUGAAGGCCUAUGGUGACGUGACACGGCGGCUCCUGGGACAACCCGAGCAAAUGCGAACUCUUUAUCGACGGUUUUUGGAGCCCGCAGGAGCAGAGGGCACUGUCAGUUCAUCAUCUGUCACAACUACAAAACCUCAGCUUUCGGAGGAGCUGCAGGAGCAGCUGUCCGGUGCCAUUUCGUGGUGCCUCAACGACGUGCGCGCACACUGGAUGCGAGUGGAGGCAUUCAACUAUGCUAACACGGAAAUUCUGGUUUCGGAUGUCUUGGGGCUGCAACAAGUGAAAACUGGAGACGACGCCAUGGACUUGCACACUGCCAGUACAGCCUUUCGGUGUCUGCGCUACUGUUUCUCGGACGGGAAUCGGGAUAUUGUGCUAGCGGCCAUGCAAAGGUUAGUCCGCAGUGUCAGCGACCGGCCAGACGAGGUUGCCUUUGAACUCGUUGAUAUGCUCCGAAACGACCCCCGAGCCGCGGACGAGGAUCUAGCAAAUGCAAAGGAGCUGUAUCAGGAUGUCUGCAGAAAACACAACGAGGAGAUACAGGCAAAAAUUGAAGCUAUUGGUGGCGAGGAAGAGAUGGGCGGAGAAGCUGGCCCACAAGACGAACUGUGGCCUGACAGUCCAGACGACCCUUUUACGCCGUUUGGCGUCGAGGGCAUGCGCCUAUUGCACGAGACGUCCGGCACAGGACGAGAUAUGGGAACCUUUGUGACGGAAACCUUCAGAGAAAAGGUGAAGGAACUCGCAAAGCAACCUGAUAUGCUACCUGUCGUCUACCUUGCGUGGUUGAAGGCAGAAUGCUAUGGGCUUGCCUUGCUUACGACCGCUCUCGCGUCACGCGCAAAGGAGAUGUUCAAAGCAUGCGCAUCGAUUCGACGCAGCGACCACUGGUGGUGGUCAGUGCUCGGUCUUAUCCGCCACAGCGUACGGAAUCGUGGUGCAGACUACACUGCUUUUGUCGAUUUGUACAAAUUUGCUUUGCAGGAGACGCGCAGUGCGAAGCUGAGCCAAGAUUUUCUAGACUUUCAGCGCGAAGUCGGCUCUGCCGCGGAUAUUCUCCAAGCGACCUCUCUGCACAUGCAGGCCGUAGCGAGGGAGGCGGAGGAAGCGGCAGCGCGGGAACGGAAACAAGCACAGCAGCAGAAUGCGCGACAACCAGCCAAGCGUGCCCGUGUAGACGACCAACAUUAUGCUGAGCCUGCUUCUAGCAGCUCCUCAUCCGUCGUUCAGCGACUUCCUGAUCAUGCAGUGGACGAUGUCGAGUCGAACGGCGAGCCGAAGGCCACAAAACGGGCUCGCACAAGUGCUCCCGAGACUGGCGAAAAUAGUGCUGUCGUUGCUUUAUUUGGCAACGGUGAAGACGCAAUGGACGCCGAUGUUGGCGAAGAUGCGAUGGAAGUUGAGGACGCAGCCGUGCGGAUGCCACGUGGAUUCCAUGGCAAGGGUCGCGGAAAACAGGGUAAGAAAGGCCAAAGAGAGAAGAAGCCGAAGCCCGAGAGCGGGGCCCACUAUCUUCAAGUCACUUUAGGUGCAGAUGCGGCUGCGCGUUUUGUAGAAGCGGACCGCACCGUCUUUGUGCGGAAUAUCGACGUUUUAGUCGACGAGGCAGAGCUGGAUGCAGUGAUCUCGCAGCAGGAGAUUGUCGGUCUUGAGCAGAUUCGCGUGGUGCGCCACUUCAACGGGAAUCCAAAGGGUAUGGCUUAUCUCGAUUUCGAUUCUCCGGAAAACGUGCGAAAAUGCUGCGAAAAGCUGAACGGUCUCGAACUUCGCUCCAGGAAGCUGUUUGCAGCGCCUUCGAAGCCAACACAGGCUCUAUAUGAGCCACGGAAGGUCUUCAUCAGCGGGGUGGAAGCUGGCUUUGAUGUCCGUUCAUGGUUAGCAGCAAAUCUGAACUCGACACCUUUUGUGGAAAUCGUCGAUGUGCGACUUCUGGCUCCCAAAGAGGGAGAAGAGAAAGGCGGUGCGUUUGUCGAGUUCUCCGAGGAUUCUGCAGUGGACACGGCGCUAGCUUUGAACGAAAAUUUGCCACCGCAGAUCGAAAAAAUCAAGCGAUCUAUUCCGAUGAAAUCUCACGAGCUGAAGUACGCACCCUUGAGAGUCAAUGCGCCAGGUACUGACAAACAUAAGCUGCACUUUUUUUUCGAUGUCCGCAAUAAAUCCAUCUCUGACUUUCGUUAUUUUCGCCUCGUAGGAACUGACUUACAAGUCGUAAGGCCAGCAGAUGACGACUCAAUCGGAUUGAUAUGUUGCUGACUGAUGUAGUCGUAAGUAUGUUGAUGUCUAUGUAUGUUCCAGGGGCCAGGGGCCAAGGCCCCCCGAUCUGACUUUUUUGGGGGGGGCCUCCCGCCCCGGAUCCUUUUUCCUGCGGGACGGAUGGGGGAAGGCCUCUAAAAGCCCACCUCCGACCCCUUCCCGCUUCUUGCCUGGGCCCUACAGAACCCCCAUCCCUGUGGCCGUCCAAGCACCGAAGGCCGGGGGUGCAAGACUUCCGAAGGUGGCAAAGGUGGCAAGGCUCGGCCCCCUUUGGCUUGUUGCGGCUUGUUGCGUGUACCCUACAGGCCUCCAGGGUGCGGGUUCCUCACUGGGGGAGUCUCUUGGGAGGUGAAAGGCCUCCGAGCGAAGCAGGUGGCAAGGCUUGACCCUUUUCGCCGUGCUGCAUGUAUCCGAUAGAACCCAGGCGGGCACGCCUUGCCCCCACUCCUCCCCGCCUUUGGUCCUCAACCCCCCGGGCGUUUGGUGGUGGCGGACGAGGGCCAAAGGGGCCAGGCCUCGCGACCGUGGCCGCCUUCGGCGGCCUUCGUCCCCCGGAGGCCGUUCGCCUGAUAAGGUGCAAGAUUCGGGACGCCUGUCGGGUACACGCGGAGAGCCGCCAGGGGCCUCCGGCUCCGCCUUUUGCGGCCCGCCUUGGUCCCCGGAGGUCCUUACAUGUCACCACCGCGGGAAAAAGGGCGCGCGGACGCCACCACCGCUCCAUCCACAGGGGGGGAACCUCCACCCCUGGAACGUGUAUCAUCUUCCAAAUCCCAACUUUCUUCAGGUACUUUGGCCGACCAGAUGAAGUGGAAGCGCGGGCAGGAUAAGCUGAAAUCUCGGGUGAAGUUCACACUGUUUGUGAAGAAUCUGAAUAAAAAGACUACGGAAGCGGCCCUACAACAGCACUUCUCGCAGUUUGGAGCUGUCAACCAAGUGGCCUUGAUGCGCAACGAGAAAGGAAAGAGUAAAUGCUUUGCGUAUGUGGAGUUCGCCGACGAAGAGGCAGCAACAGCCGCUGUUACAGCAAGCACGGCAGGCAACAUGUUAGAUGGACGCACGAUCCAGGUGAGUCGAUCGGAUCGACCAAUCACGACAGCGAAAACGGCAGGGAGCGGCAGUGCUAGUAGUACUAGUAGUGCUGCUCCUGGUCCUCUUGCUACGUCUUCUUCUUUUGGAGCGACGGCGGGGGCAGCAGUGGCAUCAUCAUCUGCAGAAGGGGCGGAGUCAAACACGGGAGCAGGUACUGAAAAUAGACCUCUUGGCGGGGACGUUGAGAUGUCAAGCGGAACAACACUGCUAGGAGAUGGGAACACCGCAACAAGUUCAAACAGCAAAGGCGCCAGUAACGGUAAACUAGGAAAAGACGGCAAUACAAGAAAUAUGCGCUCGAACAAAGGUGACAAGUCCAACGGCUCGCAUUGGAAUAAAGGCAAGAAGCCUUCAAAAUCUGGAGGAAAGUCAGACAAAGGUGGGUAUAGCAAGGCAAGUAACGGUAAAGACGGAAAAAACGCCAAAGUUGGAGGCAAGAAGAACUCACAGAUGAAGGGUUCCGGGAAAAAGGGGAAAGCCAACUUCGUCAGCGAAGCUAUGGGGCUCCAAGAGUUGACUAACUCUGAUCAGAUGGAGGUAGAUCAGCAUCAGGAGGGGGCUGCGACUAGUAACCAGCCUAUGUCGAACGCAGACUUUCGCAAGUUCUUGUCGUGAGAAGGUCGAUGUACAACCGUGCGUGUGGCUUUUGACUACUCACCGUGGAGCUCUCUUGCGGUUACGCACAUCACAUCUAGGUGGUAACUCGUAGAACAAAGACCUCCAUACCGACAGAUGUUCGCUGGACACGGAUUUAACUUUUUUUUCCGAUCAAAAUUAAUACACAGACUCAGCAGGACCCACGCUGCUGUCUACUAAACUUUCGCAUCUAUUAUACCUCAUUCCUACUCUUCUCCAUCUCCCUGACAGAGUUCUCUCAACAGCACCUCCUCAAUAGUACGUGCUAUGACAAGUUGUACAU